AGAGUAGAUUACCUCACAAUAGUACUCUUGUUCAGCAUCUUCGAGCACCUCUCAAAAUGGCUAGUUCUGUUGUAGAAGGCGUCCAUAAGAUCCAGGACGUGAUCAGGUCGGCUGCAGGCCAGGAUAAGAAGGCAGCCGAUCUUGCACAGGACACUGCUGAUGUCCACACCAAAACCAAAUUCACCACCGACCAUGGCGUGCCAGUAUCAGACACGGACCACUGGUUGAAAGUUGUCAAUGACCAGACUUCCGGACCGAGUCUGUUGGAGGACCAGAUUGCUCGGGAGAAGAUUCAUCGUUUCGAUCACGAGCGUAUCCCAGAGCGAGUUGUUCAUGCCCGCGGCACUGGGGCUUUUGGAACGUUCACACUGAAGAAAGCCAUUCCAGAAUUGUCUCAUGCCGGCGUUCUCACAGACACGGCUAGGAAAACCCCUGUAUUUGUCCGCUUUUCUACCGUCCAGGGUAGCAAAGGCAGCGCAGAUACUGUUCGAGACGUCCGAGGCUUCGCCACCAAAUUUUAUACCGAGGAAGGUAACUGGGAUCUUGUUGGAAACAAUAUUCCAGUGUUUUUUAUUCAGGAUGCUAUCAAGUUCCCUGAUUUCGUUCAUGCUGUCAAGCCUGAACCACACAACGAGGUCCCCCAGGGGCAGUCUGCACACAACAACUUCUGGGACUUUAGCUUUCUCCAUCAGGAGACCACUCAUAUGUUCAUGUGGGCCAUGUCUGAUAGAGCUAUUCCCCGAUCCUUCCGCAUGAUGCAGGGGUUCGGUGUUAACACAUUUAGUCUAGUCAACAAAGAAGGCAAACGCCAUCUGGUAAAAUUCCAUUGGAUUCCUCAUCUAGGUGUUCAUUCAUUGGUUUGGGACGAGGCCUUGAAGAUCGGCGGACAGGACCCAGAUUUUCACAGAAAGGACUUGAUGGAAGCAAUUGACAAUAAAAUGUACCCGAAAUGGGACUUUGCCAUACAAGUCAUCCCCGAGGAAAAACAAAAUGAUUUUGAGUUUGAUCCUCUGGAUGCCACCAAAAUUUGGCCUGAGGAACUGGUUCCUCUGCGUGUGAUAGGGGAACUUGAACUCAACCGCAAUGUCGACGAGUUCUUCUCCCAGACGGAACAGGUCGCCUUCUGUACGAGUCAUAUUGUGCCUGGAAUCGACUUUUCCGACGACCCACUCCUACAAGGACGCAAUUUUUCAUACUUUGACACCCAGAUCUCACGUCUCGGAAUCAACUGGGAAGAGUUGCCUAUCAACCGCCCCGUGUGUCCUGUGAUGAACCAUAACCGUGACGGUGCUAUGCGUCACCGAAUCACCAAGGGUACCGUCAACUACUGGCCCAACCGAUUCGACGCAAUACCGCCGACAAAGGUUGAAGAAGGUGGUUUUGAAUCUUACCCUCAGAAACAGUCUGGCAUCAAAGCACGCUCCCAGGGUCCAAAGUUCCGGGAAUACCACAAGCAAGCACAGCUAUUCUACAACUCACUAAGUGAAUCCGAGAAACUGCACGUCGCUAAGUCCUUCAGCUUCGAACUCGAUCACUGUGAUGACCCAUGGGUUUAUCAAAGCAUGGUCUUACGUAUUGCUGAGAUCGACCUUGCCCUUGCUCAACAGGUUGCAGUGAUGGUGGGAGCACCCACACCAAGUAAAGCAGGCAAGCAGAAUCACGGCAAGACUGCUCGCGGCUUGUCACAACUCGAGUUCAAACCGAAAAAAGCAACAAUCGAGAGCCGACGCAUCGCCAUCAUCAUUGGUGAUGGCUUUGAUCCAGUCUCGUUCAGUGGUGUCUACGCAGCCGUCAAGGCGGCUGGCGCACUGCCGUUCGUCAUAGGCACCAAGAGACAGCCGAUCUUUGCUGAUGGCGUUGAUCCUCAGAAAGGACAGGGCGUAACACCGGAUCACCAGUAUGACGGGGUUCGCUCGACUUUGUUCGACGCAACUUUCAUUCCCGGUGGACCACACAUCAAGACGCUGACAACAAACGGCCAGAUCCGUCACUGGAUCGCCGAAUCGUUUGGUCAUUUGAAAGCCAUCGGUGCCACUGGUGAGGCGGCCGACCUUGUCAAGAAGGUUUUACGAGACGUUGAAGGCUUGCAGUAUGCUGCGAAUGGUACAGCUGUUGUAGAGUCGUACGGCGUCGUCACCGCUGCUGGACCCCAGAAGCCUGAAAGCUUCAAAGAAGGCUGGCGGAUUGUCCAGGGGGCGUCCGAUUUUUUGAGCAAGUUCUUCUAUGAAAUCGGCGAGCAUCGGAAUUAUAAGCGUGAAUUGGAUGGAUUGGCUGCGUCGGUUGCCUUUUAAUUCAGCAGGAGGACAUGGAGUUGGCCAAAUUAUUUAGUAGUAUAUGAUAUAAUAAAAGUAAUAUGCUUAGUUUACCAGAAUGAAUAAAACUACUAAAUUUC